AAUAAAGAAGUAUUUAUAAAACCUCCAGGGUUUGAAUUUGAGACGUCUAUACAUAUCGAUUGUUGGGAAGAAUAUUUGUGAAGUCUCAGUGUCGAAUUGGCUAAGACACUCGCCCCGAAAAGUCAAGAGGACCCAAAGUUCGAACCCUGAGUGACGCGACCGUAUGAAGCGUGCGAAGCGAACAAACUUAACAUGUUACAUCAAUGAUCACGUUUGGUGAAAUUACAAAUCAUUAAUGUUUACAGCUCUCUAUCGUUCGGAAUUAACACAUUUUUGGCACCCGGAUUUCUUGAAGAUCACGUGAUCAAGCUCGCCAUCUGCUAGCUCGCAUAUCAGAUUUACAUUGCCGAACGCACCUUUUACCUUUUACCUUCAUUGACUUAAAUUUUGAUUCUACGCCGUGUCACGUUAGCACGAUUUCUUGUUGAGAUUCGCUUGAAUUUUACAAUAUGCAGGAACAGAAUAUUCCGAUCGACAUUAACGCUGGAAAGUUACUGGAUUGGCUGAUUAAUCGGCGGCAUUGCAAGAAGGAUUGGCAUAUGAAUAUUUUGCCCAUUAGACAGAAAAUUAAUAAUGCGAUACAGAAUAUGCCUGCUCAUGAUGGCAUUGCUUCAUUGUUGUCCGGUGCCUAUAUAAAUUAUUUUUACUGUGUGAAAAUUGUGAAAAUUUUGAAGGAAACGGAAGCUGAUACAAAAAAUUUAUUUGGGCGUUAUGGCUCACAAAGGAUGAAAGAUUGGCAGGAGAUUUUGAGAUUGUAUGAAAAAGAAAACGUAUACCUUGCCGAAGUUGCGCAAAUGCUUAUGAGAAAUGUUAAUUAUGAGGUUCCCAGUAUUAAAAAGCAGAUACAGAAGUUAGAACAAUUGUUAGCUGAAUUGGAAAAGAAAGAAUCAGAAUACAAGAAAUCGGAAAAUAUUGCACAUAUGGAAUACAACAUGCUAUGCAAACAAUUAGGUGUAACUGGUUAUAAUACGGUUAGACGAGAAUUAAUAGAUAAGUUGAAAGAAUUGCCAGAAAUUUAUCAGAAAGUAGCGGAGAAAACAAAGUGCUUGGACAAGGUUGUAGAGUUUUAUAGUGCAUUUGUUGAAUUUACUUUUGACCAGCAAUAUGACAGUGAUUGUGUAUCGAUGAUUAAAUAUGUUAUUGAAAAAGGAAACACAACAAUGUUUGAAUAUAUAUAUGGAGAAGUACCAGCUUCAAUAAUUGAGCCGCCAUUGAAUAUUAAAGUAGAUGAAGAUGAAAGUAAUAAGCAGCCUAGUGUAGAUGCUAAUACCAUUGAUUUCGGUAACUUGGAUUUGGAUGGAGAAAUUGAUUUUGGUGAAGAAGUUGGUUUGGACACAGGAGGCGAUAUUGAUUGGGGAGAAGAAGGUGCAGAACAAUCUAUCAUGGAAAUUGAUUAUAAUAUCUCUUUGGAGGAAUCGGGUAUAGUUGUGGAAUCAGUAGGUCAUGAAGGUGGCGUGGCUACGGGGUGUGAAGCAUAUACGAUAUUAGACAAUCCAACAACGAGAUCCGAAUUUAUCAAUCAACUGUUUGAACUGGAAGCAUUUAUGAAGUUACGUCUGUACGAAUUUAAAGGCGAUGAUAAGAAUAAUCUUCUCAGUUUUAAUCAGAUGCAGAAUGCUUCAUCCAUUCUGCAACUUUCUACCACAGAGACCACUCAAAACAUGCUGGAUAACAUUCAAGUUAUUCUGUCUGAGAUGUUGCAUAAUAAUGUUCAGCAUUUACAUAACAUUAAACAUUAUCCAAAAUACGUGGACAUAGUAGCUGUUACUUUAAAGCAAAAAUUAAAUUUGAUUGAUAGAAUGGUAACCCAACAAGAAUCUGUGCGACAAAAGCAAGAUGACACUCGGAAUCACAUCGAUAAAUUACGUCCAUUAUUAAAACUCAUCAUACAAAGAACUAAGGAAUUACAAACAGAGAUAGAGCAAGAUAUUUCUAAGAAAUACAAAAAUAGGAUGGUACAUUUAACCGGAGGUGUAAAUACGUUGUAGGUAUCAAACGAAGGAGAAAAAAAUUGUUGAAUUAUAUAUCAAAAAUGUUAAUAAUACACAAAGAUAGUACGACUUUACUAUUGUGUAAUAUAUAUAAUUUUUUUGCUGUUGUGUAAUAUAUAUAUAAUCCUUUUUAUUCUUAUAUAUUCUAAAUCUAUUAUCUUCGUAGAACAGAUUUAAGUAACAGUAGACAGAACGAAAAAAAUAAAUAGGUACUACAAUAAUCGUUGUUGAUUGUAGCGUGACCUCUUACGUAUCUCUAAAUGUGCAAUUUAUAAAAAUAAUCAAUACUUUCUUUGGUAUUCAAA